AACGGCCGAAGAAAUUGAAAAAGAAAAAAGAUUUUGUUAUCCACGUCUUCUCCAAUUUGAGGCUGCCUCCACCAUUAUCACAUGUAAUCAGAAAACAAGGGAAAGCCCUACCCCACUCCCCACUCCUUCUCUCUCUCUCUCUCUCUCUCUCUCUCUGCAAUCUAUCUUCUCCACAUUUUCCCCAGAUUCUUGAAUUUGUUUAUUUGUUUAUUUAUUUUUCAAGCUCUAAUGUCGCUGCUGCUGCUGCUGCCCAAUGACUGUUUCUAGUGAAAGAAAAUGAAAAGUGUUCAGAUUAUUCUCCCUCAACUCUGUCCCUGUAAAAGUUUGAAUCACAGUUACCGAUCAAUCCCUUUCUCUAAAAGAAAAAGGAAAAAAAUUUACAUCAAAAGGUUGGGUUUCCAUGCUUGUGUAACCCCAAACAACACCACCAGCUCUACAAAAACACUCGGUGUCGUUUUGAAACGGAUUGCUAAUGAAUUAUCAACACACGAAGGAGUAGGAGAAGGAGAAGAAGAAGAAGAAGAAGCAGAGAUUUCUCAGUCACCAUCAACUUCAUCUUCUUCAAUUCAGUUGGGUUCAAAUUUCACAUCUUUUGAUGAAGAUCCAAUGAUACACAAGUUAAGGACACAAUUAGGAGUCAUACACCCAAUCCCAUCACCGCCAGUUAAUAGGAACAUACUUGGAUUAUUUGUAUUUUUCUUCUUUGUAGGUGUAAUUUUCGAUAAGCUAUGGACUUCAAGGAAGACAGCAACGGCAACUAGAAACAGCAAAAAUAAAACAGGAGGAGGAGGAGAAAGCCAGUUCGGUCCUUGGCCACAAGUUCCUACAAGUUUCUCAUUAUUUUUAGAGAAAGAUUUGCAGAGGAAGGAGUCUGUUGAAUGGGUAAAUAUGGUUUUAGGGAAAUUAUGGAAAGUAUAUAGAGGUGGUAUUGAGAAUUGGAUUAUUGGGUUGUUGCAGCCUGUCAUUGAUAACUUAAAGAAACCUGAUUAUGUUGAGAGAGUUGAGAUUAAACAAUUCUCUUUAGGUGAUGAGCCUUUGUCUGUUAGGAAUGUUGAGCGUAGAACUUCGCGUCGAGCUAAUGAUUUGCAGUAUCAAAUUGGACUCAGAUAUACUGGUGGUGCACGGGCUCUGUUAAUGCUUUCACUAAAAUUUGGCAUUAUCCCAAUUGUCGUACCAGUAGGCAUUCGAGAUCUUGACAUAGAUGGUGAACUGUGGGUUAAAGUGCGGUUGAUACCAACUGAACCUUGGGUAGGAGCUGUUUCUUGGGCUUUUGUGUCCCUUCCAAAGAUCAAAUUCGAGCUCUCACCUUUCCGCUUGUUCAAUUUAAUGGCAAUACCUGUUCUCUCAAUGUUUUUGACAAAACUUCUCACUGAGGAUUUGCCUCGACUGUUUGUUCGUCCUAAGAAGAUUGUCUUGGAUUUUCAGAAAGGAAAAGCAGUGGGCCCUGUGGCAAAUGACUUCAGAUCAGGGGAAAUGCAAGAAGGAAACAGUGAUUUUGUUGGAGAGCUAUCAGUUACUCUUGUAGAUGCUCGGAAACUUUCCUAUGUCUUUUAUGGUAAAACCGAUCCAUAUGUGGUUUUGAGCCUGGGGGAUCAAACUAUACGUAGUAAAAAAAAUAGUCAAACUACUGUAAUUGGGCCUCCUGGAGAGCCAAUUUGGAAUCAGGAUUUUCAUAUGCUUGUUGCAAAUCCUAGGAAACAAAAAUUGUAUAUCCAAGUGAAAGACUCCCUUGGAUUUACUGAUUUGACUAUUGGUACUGCAAAGGUUGAUCUAGGAUCUCUCCAAGACACUGUACCAACAGACAGGAUUGUGGUUUUGCAAGGAGGUUGGGGAGUGUUCAGGAAGGGGUCUUCUGGAGAGAUUUUACUUCGACUAACAUAUAAAGCAUAUGUUGAGGAUGAAGAUGAUGACAAGACUGCAGUAAAGUCCAUUGAUACAUAUGCUUCUGAUGAUGAAUUGUCUGAUUCUGAUGAAUCAAAUGCUACUUUCCCAUCAAGGGCAAGGGAUUCUUCCAAUGAAUCAGAUAAAGAGUCAUUUAUGGAUGUUCUAGCAGCUUUAAUCGUAAGCGAGGAAUUUCAAGGGAUUGUGGCAUCUGAGACAGGAAACAACAAACUUUUCGACGAUGUCUCUGCAGCAGGGCCACAUGGUCGUAACGCUGAAUCAAUGCCAUCAGAUUUUGAUAACAGUUCUGAAGGGCCUGGAGGAUCAGUCAUAGUUGGGCUUGCUAUUUUAACAAGCAUAUUAGUGCUAAUAGCUAUCAAUAUGGGUGGCUCAAGCUUCUUCAACCCUUGAUAUGACAAGGAAGGCUUACAAAGAGUUGGUGUCUAGUACUUCUGUUUUAGAAAGACAGGAAAUACUUUCUCAUUCUGGACGUGUGGACCUCUUUUUUCAGUUGAGAAGGGGACAAGAAUUUAAAUGGGAAUGCCAUAUUCUCCUUUCUUGGUACUUAAUAGUACGAGAGGGAAUGGGAUUCCCCUUGUGAGGUUGAUGCAAUGAUUCCCUCCCUCACAUUAUGCAGAUGUUAUACCUUGUUGUUCUUAUGUAAGUUCUUUAUUAUAGCAGAGAAAUUUUCUUCUUUUUCUUUUUGGCGGCAGCAAAUUUUGGGUCUUAAUCUAAAAGCGAUCGAGUUUCCACCUGUUUGUAUCUAUCUAUUGUUUUUGGUUGGCUGUCUAUUAAUCUGCCCGAUCGUUAAUUUAUUAGUAUAAAUAAUAUUUAUAUUGAGCUGUUAA